AGUAAAUGUCUGCGUUGUGGCGUGUUGAAUCAUGGCUGCAUCAACAGUCAACAGUAACAGCCGUCACAAAAUGCAAAAAUGCAGCGAGAAGCCGCCUUUACAAGACAGGGAGAUUAUUAAACCCUCCAUAACAGAGCUCACCAAAGAAGUGCGGACCAACAUUCUCUGUACGGUGGAAGGAUGUGGGAAGAUUCUGCCCAACACUCCAGCACUUAACAUGCAUCUAGUCAAGUCCCACAGAAUCAAGGAGGGACUAGUCAACCCAACAAUUAGGAAGGACAUUAAAGAUUCACAAAAGCUCUACUGCUGCCCAAUAGAAGGCUGCCCAAGAGGACCAAACAGACCCUUUUCUCAGUUUAAACUUGUCAAACAGCACUUUAUGAAGAUGCAUGCAGAAAAGAAGCACAAGUGUGUGAAGUGCAGUAAUGGUUACAGCACCGAGUGGGACCUGCGAAGACAUGUUGAGGAUUGUGGGAGGACUUACAGCUGUACAUGCGGUUGUCCCUAUGCCAGUAGAGCAGCACUACUGUCUCAUAUCUACAGAACAGGCCAUGAGGUUCCCAAAGAGCACAGGUAUCCACCAGUGAAGAAGAGGAAAAUGGAAAAAUUGUCAAGCAGUACAACAAAUUUUAUGCCUGAUGAACUAAUAAAUGAAAUUCCAGACUGUAAGAAAAAGCUCAGCGAAGGAGCAGCCCCUACCAUACUCGUCUCUGGAGCUUCAGACAUAGCACAGCACAACACUAACAACGCCAAACACACCCAAAAACUCCUCCUCCCGAAGCCCAAAGUGGCCCUAGUCAACGUUCCUAUUAUGCAGUUCACCCACCUGCCUGUUCUCCUACCCUCCGCGGAAAGUAGUGCCUUGAGGUCCUUGGUCUUGUCUGUGGAUGCACAAGGAUCCGUAAGCACUGUGCAUAUUUUGUCACCGUCAGUCGGCACUGUGAUGCCUGAUCUGAACAAUAAGACAUUUAAAGAGGCCUUUCCCGUACAUACAUCAGGCCCAGAAACAAUUAGCACAGGAGUACAGGUCAAUCUCGAAAGUCAAGCCGCUUUGGGAGAUCCAGUGGAUCUUGGAUCCAGAAACAAAAGCACUUCAACAAACAUUCAAACCGACAUAUCAUACCUCAGCAAAGGGAUGGAUGCUGGACCGCUGACUGUUUCCCCCUGCUGUGAGGCCUCUGUGUCCUCUUGCUCUCAGACAGACAUCAGCGUAAGCGCUCAGAUUCAGCUGCCUGUUAAUGUGCAGACCCAGACACUACCCUCGCGAAUCAAAGCCACAUUUUCCAUUGGAGCACAGACAGAUGUUUUCAGUUUUUCUUCCUUUAAUGUGACCCGAGAAACGCAAACGAGCUGUUCUGCAGCCCCAGUGGAUGAAAGCCAAAUGGACCAAGCAAUGUUUUUCAAUACCGAUACUCUCAGUGUCUCCACUCAGACAGCAGAGGAUGAUGCACAUUUCAGAACCAGUGGCUUAGAAGAUCCUCUGACCAGCACUGAAGCUGGGCUUUUUGAGGACAAGACUGCUGCGUCCAUGUGUUUUGGGGCUCAGACUGACAUUUUGCACCAAAACACAGUAGCAGACAACCAGACUCAGACCAUGAUACUUUUCCGUGACCUUGAGAAUAUUCUUUCUGACAGCAACCGGGCAGCUUCAAGCUGCACUUCGGGUUUAGUUGCUACGCACGAACCACAUCACACUGGUAUCGACUUUGACUUUGAAGAGUUCCUUAAUGCCACACACAUUCAAACUCAGACAGAAGAAAGUGGAUUAAACAGUCUGAACACAGAGACAACUUUGGAACUUCUAGACAUUGAGACACAGACUGACUUCCUGCUCUUCGACAACCUUGGUAAUGGGCACAACAGUGAUGUUGGAACAAGGGUGCAACCAAGUGAUCUGGAGCUUGAGAUGUUUGACACGCAGACCCAGACGGACCUUAACUUCUUACUUGACACGGGUGGGCACAUGCCCCUUGGCAGUAUCCUCAGACAGUCUAGUUUCAGCAUGAGCACAGAGUCCUCAGACACAGAAACGCAGACCGACGUCAGGCCCGCUCCACUUUCUCUGCCUUGCUCCCAUGAUGGGCAGGUGAGGCUUAGCACUGCUGAAACCCAGACCAUCUCCAGUUCCUUUCAGAGCCUUGGCCACCUCUUCCACACUAGCAACGAGACCCAAACUGCAGUGGAUGACUUCCUUUCAGCAGACUUGGCCUGGAACAUGGAGUCUCACUUUAGCUCGGUGGAAACCCAAACGUGUGAGGAGCUCAUCUCGCUAUUUCAACACAACGAGAAAGCCACAAGCUGAAGGCUCCAUCAAAGGCAAUUUGGUCAAUUUAGGUCACAUAAUGGUCAAUCCUAGUAUCUCCCUCAGCAAGGAUGGCAGAACUUCGAAACAGUUCCUCACAACCAUCUAGAGCUCAGUCUGUCAGAUACUAACGUUGUGUCUAAUCGAAGAAUUUCCAUUUAGACACAGGUAAGGUCCACAGUAAGGCACUUCUAUCUGCCCAAGUCUAAGGAUGUGUAAGUAUACCUUUGCAGCACUUUAUCACCUCACUAUUAAUGAUCCACAUAUAUCGGAAGUCCUUAAAGUAUUUUAUUUGUUGUAGUAGGUCAGGCUUGUGGCAAUGCGUAGUAAGUUUGUACUGAUGUUACUCACAGAUCGGACAGAAAUUAUGAACCUUCAUUCCACAAAUAAAAUGUAUUUUAGGUUUACUUUCUAGUCUGAUAUUGUUUAGAUGUCUUGAGUCUUAUUGUCUUUGUACAUGCUAUGUUUUUUUUUUAUUUUAAACUUGGGCUGCUUGUUUUUUGUUUUGUUUUUUUAAACUUGGGCUGCUUGUUUACUUUGUGCUAUGAAAAAUUGUUACAUUUAACAGUGCAAUGCUCUAGACCCAUCUAAAAGCCACUGUGAGUAUAUUUAGGUCUUGAUUCAUGACAAAAUUCAUGCAAAUAUGUCCUGUUGACUGUUAUAAUAGUAACAUACUAAAUCAGUUGAAUUUGCGUCUUAUGCAUGUUUAAGACAUUACAUUUCCUUUAGAAGCAGAGCUGAGGAUUUGUUCUUGUUUACUGUGAUUUGCAUUCUGUACUGUGAAUAGAUUCGAUUACGCAAAUCGCAAAUGUUUACUGUAAAACGAAACCUUUAAUAUUUCUUGGAAAGCAAGAAUCAGUUUUGAUGGUAUACGUUCAUCCCUCCUUAUGAUUUUAAGUAACUGUUUACACACACUGUAUAAACCUUUUGUUGAUGCCUUAAUUUAAGUGUUCGUAUGCUUUUGGAUAUUUGAGAUAAUGAAAUCCCAGUGCUGCUUAAUGGAGGAUGUUUGGAAUUGAUCCUUUGUGUUUUUUUUUUCUUUACUGCAGUAUUUUUGCGUGUAUGAUUAUUGUGAUGGUUAUUAUGAAUGUUUCCUCUCUGCGUUAAAACUCACUACUCAUUUGCCUUAGUACACUAAAUAUGGAAGGCAACUAUAGCUUUAUUUUGUUUUGUGUGUGUGUGUGUGUGUAUAUAUGUAUGUGUGUAUUAUGAAUUAUUUCUGAAAUGUCCAAUUUAUUUGUACUACUGUACUUUAUGUAUAUAGUGGGUUUUCAAUAAGUAGAAUGUAAGUGACGCAGUGUCUGUUCCUUUUAUGACGUCACAUCGGCUGCUUCUCAACAUUGUAACCGCGUAAAAAGAGCUUUAGUAUUUUCAUGGCAAACACUAGGAACUCUAGUAUUCAGCCGCUAUGUUAACCGAAAUGCUAUUUAGAUCUUGAAAUAAAUACAUGUCAAUUUCGUGUAGGCAAUGAUGAUGUCAUAGUGAAAACUAUUGCUAUAGAAAACUUGAAGGAGUCCCAAGUGUUUCUUUGUAAAGAGUGCAUGCAUAUUUUUGUGCCAAGAAUAACUCUUGUGUUGCUUUUUUGUUUUUCACCAUGUCUUAUUUAAUUUAGCAUAGGACAUAAUUUAAUAUGAGGUGUAAUAAUAAUUAUAAAAAUACGAUUAUUUUUGUUCUUUAGAGGCUGGUCAUGUGUAUGCUCUAGCUAUGUUCUGUUGUUUAGAGGCUAUGCUGAUGCACAUGAGACUGGAAAAUAAACUGCGGAAAAUAAUUAAUUGAAUCAAG